AGCUUACUUGCUGUUUUGAAUAGCAUUAUGCUUUUUGGUCUGUGUCUAACGUUCCAUCUCUUCACGACUCUCUCGCUCGUCCCUUCCAACGUUAACCCUUUCUUUUUCUCUUUCUUCAUUCUUCACACCCUUUGUGCCAUCUUCUUUGCCUCCUCAUUGUCGUAAUUCAUCUGAAUUCUCCUAAACUUUUAUCUUAUUCCUUUUGUUUGGAUGAUCGAUCAAGGGAGAGUAUAAAAAAAGGGAGAGCAUUUGAAUUGACACUGGGGGUGAUGAAAUACGUGUCUGAACAUUGAGACCACUUCUCUGAAGUCAUUUUGAUCUUAAUUGCGUUUUUUGGUGGCUUCUUGAGGAGAUUAAAGGACUCAGGUGAAAGAGUAACGUAUCUAUUGUGUUGGUGGUGGUGUUUUUUCAAGGGUAAGCAGAUCCAAGACAGAGAGAAAGGUUCCUUUCUUAGAAAACCGGGGUGCUUAAUUUAUGUUUGAGGGUUUGUGCUUGAAAAUGGAGAAAAGAGGGAAUGUGUUGAUGGAGAAGUAUGAGUUUGGGAAGCUAUUAGGUCAAGGAAACUUUGCGAAGGUUUACCAUGCAAGGGACGUCAGAACUGGUGAGAGUGUUGCCGUUAAGGUGAUUGACAAGGAGAAAAUUCUAAAAAUUGGACUAGUGGAUCAGACGAAGCGAGAGAUAUCGAUUAUGAGACUGGUUAAACAUCCCAAUGUUUUGCAGCUUUAUGAGGUCUUGGCCACCAAGACCAAGAUUUACUUCAUCAUAGAAUAUGCCAAAGGGGGCGAACUUUUCAACAAGAUAGCCAAAGGUAGACUCACUGAGGACAAGGCAAGGAAGUACUUUCAACAAUUGGUCAGUGCUGUUGAUUUUUGCCACAGCAGGGGUGUUUAUCACAGAGAUUUGAAGCCGGAGAACUUGCUUUUGGAUGAGAAUGGAGUUCUCAAGGUAGCGGAUUUUGGAUUAAGUGCACUUGUUGAAUCUCACCGUCAAAAAGACAUGCUGCAUACAAUUUGUGGAACUCCUGCAUAUGUGGCUCCUGAGGUUAUAAGUAGAAGGGGCUAUGAUGGAACAAAAGCCGAUGUAUGGUCUUGUGGAGUGAUCUUAUUUGUUCUUUUGGCUGGUCAUUUGCCAUUCUAUGAUUUGAAUCUUAUGUCACUGUAUAACAAAAUAGGCAAGGCCGAUUACAAAUGUCCAAACUGGUUUCCGUUUGAAGUGCGCAGACUGUUAGCGAAAAUCCUUGACCCCAACCCAAAUACCAGGAUAUCCAUGGCAAAACUUAUGGAAAAUUCGUGGUUCAGAAAAGGAUUCAAACCCAAAUCUGGUCAAGUGAAAAGAGAGGCUGUUAAUGUGGCUUUAGUUGAUUCUGAUCAAGUUUUUUGCUUGUGUGAGAAUACAAGUGCUGCUGUUGUUGAGGCAGAGCAAGCAUUGGUUAAACCUUCACAGUUUAAUGCUUUCAAUAUAAUUUCUCUGUCUGCUGGGCUUGACUUGUCUGGCCUUUUUGCUGGCAAUGUUGAACUGGAUGAUACCAAAUUUACAUUUAUGAGCUCUGCCUCAUCCAUCAUGUCUACAAUGGAGGAUAUUGCUCGCGUUUUGAGUAUGGAGAUAAUUAAGAAGGAUGGAGGGUUGCUGAAAUUGGAGAGAUCCAGGGAAGGUAGAAAAGGACCACUUUCCAUUGAUGCUGAAAUAUUUGAGGUUGCCCCAUCUUUCCAUUUGGUCGAGUUGAAGAAGUCCUGCGGUGAUGCAUUAGAAUACCAGAAGAUAUUGAAGGAAGACUUAAGACCAGCUCUAAAAGAUAUUGUCGGUGUUUGGCAAGGUGAGCAGCAUCUGCACUAGCAAGCUUGUGUACUCCUUAAAAGAUUUAUUGAUUUUUCAUGUUAUGAAUUAAUUACAGUUGAGUUACUAUGGUAAUUGAAUUGUUGAUGUUUAUACUAUAUUAUGCAUGGUUUUGGUUGAGAAUGCCGGCUGAAUUUUGAGAUGUCAUUACAUCAUAUCAUUGCUAGAAAUAGCUUUUUUUUAUGCCAAUAUGUAAAUUCGAAAUCAGAAUUUGUAAUGUUUUUCAAAGGUUUUGGUUCUUCAAUAUGUUCAGUCUUAGUACUAAUCAAAAAAAAGGGAAAAGUUCGGCUGAA